GAACAAGAAAUUCCACCGCGGAGCUCACACUGCGCCUUUGAUAGGGAGAGAACAGCGACAGCGUGGAUUCUCAAGUCGGCAAACAGGCAUCUCCUUCCGAGCCAUGUGGCAGAGACUAGUCAGCCAGCAGUUUAGGAAACUGUUACAGGAUGGGUCAGUUGCGACAUUUGCCAGGCGGUCAGUCAGCGGUUUCAAGAUUGAACGUCUUGACCACUUCGUCAUCACCGUUGCCGACAUUAACAAGUCCGUGGACUUCUACACGCGGGUACUGGGCAUGGAGGUCGCUACAUUCAAAGGUCGUAAAGCGCUCAACUUCGGCCUUUCUAAGAUAAAUCUCCACGAGCGUGGUAAGGAGUUUGAGCCCAAGGCCAGUUCCCCGACUCCGGGGUCAGCUGAUGUCUGUUUCAUCACCCACACGAAGCUAAACCAGGUCAUGGAACAUCUGAAGAACUGCAACGUCACUAUCAUGGAGGGGCCGGUAGAGAGGACUGGCGCCAUUGGACCAAUCACCUCGGUCUACUUCCGAGACCCGGAUGACAACCUGAUCGAAGUGUGCAACUAUCCCGACAAUAUCAAAUCAUAAAGCAGGUGUCAGUAACAUGGGAUGCUGUUGUUGCUGUUACCAUGGUGACGUGCUUAAGAUAUAUACAAGGUGCCUUUCCGAUUGAUUUUAAUCGUGUUGAACCAAAGAAAUAUGCAGUAUUGAAUGAAACAGAUCUUCAUUUGUUAUCGGUUUGUUAGAUCUACAAAUGUUUGUAGUUUGACUGUGAAUGUGUUCUUAUAAACAGAAUUGUGUACGUAUAUGUUUUUCAGCGUCUCAAAGGAAUCGUAGUCUCUGAAAGUUUAUUAAAACGGUUUUCAUACAUUUCAGUGUUAUUAGUUAAAUCUAACAGCGGUCACUUAAACCACUCAAUGCUAACAGUCUACAGUUGAUACGUAUUGACUUCACUGAAACAUGCAUACUACUAUUAUGCUAAAUGUAGUAUAUUCAUGUAAGCAUCGGUAUGUGAUAUGCAACAAUUUAACAUGGGUGGUAGAUAUUUACCUUUAGUCUUAUUGUGGACCGGCAGUAUGUCGUUGUACAGGCACGUAGGGAGAACUUGUAGAUCAACACUGUAUCGUAAGGAAAACAUAGUUUCUGUAUCAUGGUUGUGUAAUGAGAUGCAUAGAACAGUCCAUUCUUUACGCAUAGAACAGUCCAUUCUUUACGCAUAGAACAGUCCAUUCUUGACAUAGGGAUGCCUACACCCAGUUUCACAGUUUGCACGUUAAUGAUUUCAUCAUAACGCGCCACUGACUGCGUGCUACUUCUUGCCUUAUAACGGUAGCAUUUUCACUGCCCGUGCAAAGCUUUUGAUUGGCAGGAAAUUGUUUAUCAUUAGUGUAUGUGCCAUUUUCUACCCUUGUCAGUUGUUAUUGUGUAUACCAUGUAUGCAGAGGUUUAACGUACAUUCAACGAGGAACCAAGAGGCCAACAUGUAGACUUGAAGAUGCUCACAUGGAUGUAGGUAAUAUUUCUGAGAGAAGAGAUCAAGAGAAUAAAUGUAUCCCCAUAUCAAA